CUCCUGCGAUGGCGACGGAAGCGGAGGCGGCGGCGAGAGGUAAAGUAUUGGUGGAAGGGAACCAGUGCAUUGCUUCCGUGGUUUCCAGUCAUCUAAGCCCCUGGACUAAACCAAUAUCCUUCAGCCCACAUGUGACAGAGUUGCCAAGAAAACGAAGACGGAGUGAUUCAGACCCAUCGCAAGAAGCUCAUAGCCAAACUGAAAAGCGGAGGAGAGAUAAAAUGAACAACCUGAUUGGAAAACUGUCUACGAUGAUCCCUCAGUGCAGUCCCAUGGCCCGGAAACUGGAUAAACUGACAGUUUUAAGAAUGGCUGUUCAACACUUGAGAUCUUUAAAAGGUAUGACAAGUUCUUACGCAGGAAAUAAUUACAGACCUUCAUUCAUUCACGAUAAUGAGCUCAGACACUUAAUUCUUAAGACUGCAGAAGGCUUCCUAUUUGUGGUUGGAUGUGAAAGAGGAAAAAUUCUCUUCGUUUCUAAAUCGGUCUCCAAAAUACUUAAUUAUGAUCAGGCUAGUUUGAUUGGACAAAGCUUAUUUGACUUCUUACAUCCAAAAGAUGUUUCCAAAGUAAAGGAACAACUUUCUUCCUCUGAUAUUUCACCCAGAGAGAAGCUAAUAGAUGCCAAAGCUGCUUUGCAAGUUCACAGUAAUUUCCACACAAGUAAGAAUCGUGUUUAUUCUGGCUCAAGACGAUCUUUUUUCUGUCGAAUCAAGAGUUGCAAAAUCUCUGUCAAAGAAGAGCAUGAAUACUUACCCAACUCAAAGAAGAAAGAUCACAGAAAAUUCUGUACUAUCCACUGCACUGGUUACUUGAGAAGCUGGCCUCCAAAUAUUGCUGGAAUGGAAGAAGAAAGGGACAAUAAGAAAGACAGGAGUAAUUUCACCUGCCUUGUUGCCUUUGGAAGACUACGUCCACAUAUUGUCCCACAGAACAGCGGCGAGAUUAAAGUGAAACCAACUGAAUUUAUUACCCGUUUUGCAGUUAAUGGAAAAUUUGUCUAUGUUGAUCAAAGGGCAACAGCAAUUUUAGGAUAUCUGCCUCAGGAACUCUUGGGAACUUCUUGUUAUGAAUAUUUUCAUCAGGAUGACCAUAGUAAUUUGACUGACAAGCACAAAGCAGUUCUACAGAGUAAAGAGAAAAUAUUUACAGAUUCGUACAAAUUCAGAGCAAAAGAUGGGUCUUUCGUAACUUUAAAAAGCCAGUGGUUUAGUUUCACAAAUCCUUGGACCAAAGAACUGGAAUAUAUUGUGUCUGUCAACACUUUAGUUUUGGGACAUAAUGAUGCUGGAGAAACAUCAUUGCUUCCUUGCAGCUCUCAGUCAUCAGAAGGAUCCUCUAGACAGUCUUUUAUUAGUGUGCCUGGAACAUCUACAGAAAUAUUACUUGGUGCUGGUAGUAUUGGAACAGAUGUUGGAAGUGAACUUCUGGACUUACAAAGGUUACAGUCAUCUUCAUCCCCUGAUUCAAGUCCAAUAGAUUUAUUGAAAGAUACACACACUCUAAACUGCAGGAAUAUGUCAAAUAAGGAGGUGAUUACCCUAAGUCCAUCUGAAAUAGGGGAACGAGAGGCUACAAAGCAAAACCAAAGUGUUGUUCCUCCCCUGAGUCAUGAACCACUCCUUGGAGAAGGAGUCCAGCUGGACUUUGAAGCCCUCUGUGACAAUGAUGACACAGCCAUGGCUGCCUUCAUGAAUUACUUAGAAGCAGAGGGGGGCCUGGGAGGCCCCGGGGACUUCAGUGACAUCCACUGGACACUCUAGCAUUUGAUUUUUAACUCUAAACAUGAGAAAAGUCUUGAAGCAUUUCAUUUACAAAAGACUAUAUAGUCUUUGUAUCCUUUGUAUACUGUUUUUAUCUUUUAUUCCUAUUAAUGGUCUGCCAGGUUUUAUAGAUUUGCUCCUGACUUUGAUAGGGGUUUGGGGAAAUGUGAUGUUUCCCUUCAGAUUCGCAGAAUUUUCUAUAGACUGCUUUAGUCAGUGACAUGGCUUCAAACCCACUAGUUGCUAUAUUUUUGCUAAAGUCUUUUUAACCAAGAAUACCACAUGUAUCUUGUUUUGAUUUUGUUUUUAUUUUAUGGUGCAGUUGUUUUGAGUUUGGGGAGUUUAAUGUGUGGACAUUUUCCUUGUGUCUGAGGUUCAUUUAUAAUUGACUUAGAAGAUUUGUGUAAUUUGGAACAUUUCCAUUCCUAAGAUAUUUCCUUCACUGAGGACAGGGCUUAUCCACUUUAAGAAAACAGUGAGUACUUGAACAUUUAAAGGGAUAGUGCAAUUUAUAAUUGUGAUCACAAUGAAUACUGUAUUCAGUCUUUGUGGACUUGGGCAAGUACAGAACCACAAUAGUUAUGGUCAGUUGAGCACUUUGAGAUAGAUUUUAAGUGAGAUGAUUUCUUAUUUAAAACUCAAAAAAAGGAAAAGCUGAGAAAGUGUCAACUUUGCUUACAGAAAAGGAAAGAUCUUGGGCCCUCAAGCUGAGUGAUUAGCCUUUGCCUUAAUACUCAAGAGUAUUAAGAUUUACUCUUAAUAGAACCACUCAAGAUUUUUAUUACAGAUAGGACAGGUUUCUGAUGCUGAAAAGGUAUUUAGCAACAGAUUAGUCUUAGUGGAAGAAGUGGAUCCAGGCAGAUUCAAUGUCAUGCAUAAUGUCACAAUUAAGUUUAUAUAUCUUUUAAUGUUUAACGUGUGUAAACCAGUUUAUUUAUACACAUUUGGGAAAACAAUAGUCUCAGUUAAAUGAUUAGUUAAGUGACCUAGGAACUAGUUGUUGGCUCUCUAAAUUAUUAGGAAAUUACAGUUACUAUUGCUUGUAACCAAAGGUAAUUACAUAAAUGACAAGUACAUUUUAAAAACCAUGAGGCAAUGAGAAAGAAUUUGAAAACCAAUUUUCCAGCUAUAAUUAAAAAUUGAGAGCAUUUUUAAAACCAGUAAUCUAGAAGUGGCUCAAAUUGAGUGCAGGAAUUAAGGAUAUUUAAAAUACUGUAUGUAUAUCUACAUGUUUGAAGAUCAUAAUACCAUAAUAUUAUAAUGGUUCCAUAAUACCUAUGGUUUUAAUAGCUCUUUCUAGUUUACCAAGUGUAUUCCCAUAUAGUCUCUUUUGUGCCUCGCAAGUAAAAGUAAGACAGGCUAGGAAACUAAUGGGAAAACCCCUGGGGAUCAACUCCAGUUUUCUGUGUCACGCUGUCCCUCUCCAGCAGAUUUUCCUCAGAACCUCUCACCAAACAAGGCAUUCUCUUUACCUUACAUAUAUAUCCUUAGGCUGCAGUAGAUUAAACUUUCAGACACAGUAAUGGGCAACAUAGUAACAGGCAACAACCAAAAUCAUAUGUUCCUUCACAUGGGACAUUUGCAGAGGCCAUGUGGGCAAGGAUGUAUUGACCUGUUGUCUUGAGCCAAUGCAGUGUUCCAGCAAUGUCAGAGGUUCAGCACCACCCCUGGUUCUGGCAUUUGAGAACUUGGGGGACAUUCAAGUGUAGAAUAAGCCAACGCCAACGAAAUCCUGCAAAAUGGGGGUAUUGGUUUGUAGCAGCCUAUGCAUGAUAGUUGGGGCUUCCCAGGUGGCUCAUUGGUAAAGAACCUGCCUGCCAAUACAGAAGACACAAGAGACUUGGGUUUGAUCCCCGGGUCAGGAAGGUUCCCUGGAGGAGGAAAUGGCAACCCACUCCAGUAUUCUUGCCUGGAGAAUCUCCAUGGACAGAGGAGCCUGGUGGGCUACAGUCCGAGUUGGACACUACUGAGGACACACACGCCCACAUGCACGCAAGCAUGAUAAUUGAGUCUGAAGAAGCAUGACAGAUACACCUGUUCUCUAAGUCAGAUAGAGAGGUCUGCCUAUAGAGGUAACAUUUCAGGAGUCUGGACCACUGCAGAUUGUGUUAGACCCCCAGAGUCAGCCUAAGCCAGUGAUAGUGGGAUAGGUCACUGUGGCCCCUUGACCUCCCAAGGAGGUGGGGGCAACCCUCAUGAUCCAGGGAUCUGAGAGGCAGACUUUCUCGAAGCUGGUCAUUCCUGCUUGCACAGUAGCAGUUCUCUCUCUUUGCAAGAGGAGAGGUUAUUCCAUAGACUUAUGGGUGGAUAGUAAUUGAAUUCCUUUGAAUUGAAUGCUUUGACCCUUUAGUAACCCACUCUGAUGUUUAUCUUCUUGCCCUGGACCCGGAAUUCAAUCCAAGCAUUGUAUGAUACUGUAGCUCUAAGUUCAGUGCUUUCUUCAAAAUGCGUUGUCUUUACAUUUGAUUGCUGUUAGGAGUGACAAAUUUUUUAUGCUUUACAUUAUACUGUUUUUUUUACUCGAACCGAUUAUUUCUUACAUGUUGGUGAAAAUAUCUACCAAUUUAAUCAAAUAUCCUAAAAAGAAUACUCUUUUAUUUAUUUAUUUUUUUUUAAUUCUAAGAAUUACCUACAUGGGAGGCUUACCUGGAUUGGAAGAGCCUGCUAGACUAAAUUUCUCUGUGUGACCUCAAGAAAGCCAUUUUACCUCUCUGUACCUCAGUUUCCUUAUUUGUAAAAAGAGGUUUGAUCUCUCCGUUUACUUCCUAUGGAGUAAUGAUUCUCACCCAUAGGUCUCGAACCCAUAGUCAGAUGCUAGAUGUAGUCAGUUCAUUAUGAUAGCCACUGGCCACAUGUGGCUACUGAAAACUGGAAAUGUGACUCGUAUGUAUUGAAAUGUGCUGUGAAUAUAAAAUGUAUACCAGAUUUCAAAGACUUAGUAUGAAAAAAAAGGAAUAUAAAAUAUCACAUAACGCUUCGACCCUGCCAGCUCUACGGUGCUGGGCGCGCAUCAUCCACCCAACCCGCUUCCUGGCCGAGGCCUUGUCGGGAGGACCACCUGGGCAGCGUUCCUCCUUCAGCUCGCAACCUGACCUUUUCCCUCCCUGUAGAGGCUGGCCCAUGCGCGCUCAGAUCCUGGCCAUCAUAAUGCCCUCCAUGCAGAAAGAAAUGGCAACCCACUCCAGUGUUCCUGCCUGGAGAAUCCCAGGGACGGAGGAGCCUGGUGGGCUGCCGUCUAUGGGGUCGCACAGAGUCGGACACGACUGAAGUGACUUAGCAGCAGCAGCAGCGCCCUCCAUCCAUCCAUGUUGCUGCAGAUCGCAAAAGUUCACUCUUUCAUGACUGAGUGGUAUCCCAUUCUGUGUGUGUGUAUGACACCUUCUUCCAUUCAUCUGUUGAUGAGCACUUGGGUUGCUUCCAUAUCUUGGCAAUUGUAAAUAAUAUUGUUAUGAACAUUGAGGUGCAUGUAUCCUUUCAAAAAAAAUAUAACAAGUUUGUAUUGAUUACAUAUUCAAAUAAUAUUUUGGAUAUACCAAAUUAAACAUUAAAAUUAAUUUUAUUUUCUUACUUUUCUAAUGUGACUACUAGAAAGUUUUAAAUUACACAUGUGAUACACAUUAUAUUUUCAUUCUUCAGCCCUGCUCUUGGACAUUUAAUAAGUGGAUAUUUUUAAAUAGACCAAAAUUUAUACUAUUAAGUAUGGUGUUUACCUCUAACUGCUAUAAAGAACAUUUAUUGAUCUUCAGUUCAAUGUAAAUAACUGUGAACCUUUAUCAGUGUAUCAAAUUUAAAACUUUUUUGAAAUUAGUAAACUUGGAAGUAUUAGACAUUCAUUAACCUGAAAUCAAAUAAAACUUGAGGUAUACUCUAUAGUAGUCACUAAAUUUGGAAAUCACUGAUAAACGUAAAUAGGAAGAUACAGAAUAGACUUUUGGUAACUAAACAGAAAUAAAGGGAAGUAUGUAAUUACAGUGUCACAGUGGGAAAAGGCUGUUCAUUGGUUGUCAUAAUGAGAAAUCUCUGUAGAGUCUAGGGCACAAGUAUAUAACAUAGCCACUCUCUAGGUAUCAGCCCAUGUUUAAUGGGUCCAGUUUCAGAUCCUGUUCUAAAGAGGAAUCUGUCACUCAUGUAGGUCAUUGCUGGGCUCUGGAAUUAGAGACUCAGGUUUGCCGAACAGAAUAUUGUGGGCAUGAGCAAGGCUGACAUCUCUUUGGUAGCAUUAUCAGAAGCCGUAAAGAAAACCUGCUGGGUGGCCACUAGGUGUCACUUUCUCAUCCCUAUAGGGCUUUGUUUUCAUUAAAUUUUCUAAGUUCCAUGCGGCCUAGGAGAGGCAUUUAAGACUUUUGUGCCUAGAAUAAGUCUGCCUCUGUUUAAUAAGAAAUGCUUUUUUAAGAGAAGUCUGGGAAGAUCCUUUCCACAUAAAAGAAUUUUUGUUUAGGAUCAUUCCAGAUGUGACUCCAGUAAAAGCUGACUUUAGAAAGAAAAUGCAUCCAACUGGGGACAUGCUUUCUGAAUUCAGAGUAUUUGGUGUGUGUGUGUGUCACUGCUCAUAGAAUCUUGAGUUUAGGUCUGUAUUUUAUACAACUUUUAAGGUCUUUUCUGUUUCACUUGCUCUUGUCUGUAUGUUGGUAUUUUUAAAAUUUUGUGGUAAAUAAUGAAGAGUGAAAUUAAACUAUAUUUUGUAGUAACUACUAGUUUGGGGUUUUUAUUUAACAUAUUAAAUUUCCUCUAAAAAAGUAUGCUCUUAAUUACUUUCUAAAGUGGAAAGAGUGGGUAGAAGAUCCAGUGGUCUAAAACCACGAAGGGUACUUCCGUUGGUGGUCCAGUGGCUAAGAUUCCACACUUCCAGUGCAGGGGCCUGGGUUCAAUCCUGGGUCAGGGAACUAGAAUCCACAUGCCAUAGCUAAGAGUUCGCAUGCUGCAACUAAAGAUCCCAUGUGCUGCAACGAAACUAGAAGAUCCUGCAUGCUAUAACUAAGACCUGGCUCAGCCAAAUAAAUAAAUAAAACCACUGGGAAGGGAGAUACAUAUCACUUACACAUUUUAGGGUGUGUUCAUCAGGGUGUGCUAACUGCUAUAGCAGCUCUGAAAUAUCAGUGGCUUAACCUGGUUUCCUUCUGCUCAUAUCAUAUCCGAUAUCAUCAACACUGUCUGUCUCUCUGACUCCACUCGUCCCUCUUCUCUGCCUCUCCCUCUUUCCA